AUGGAAAUGUGGCCCAUUGACUUCAACCAGUGUACCCUAACCCAGAACAAUGAAGCUGGUAUUGACAGGCUUGUCAAGGCUUUUAUCUUUAACAAUCCUUACUAUCCUCAACUAAACCAGUCGGACGACUACGACAAGGGGCUCUGGGUUGUCUUUUGCAAGCCACAAGCUCACCCAGAGCUCCAGCCCGGACACAUUCAUCGCACGUGUGGAGCUGGAGAGCGAGAAGGCUCGCGGGAUACCACCGACGUCGAGUUGGGACCUGAUUGCUUUGCGAUGGGCAACAGGAACUAG